UUGAGCCAGAGUUAAAGGGCGUCGGUAGGUAUAGUCAGGUGGGCAGAGCAGACGCGCGCCGAGAGUGUAACCAUAGCGACGCAGGGCGCAGCUUGACACCGACGGACGGACCGACGGAGAACCGCCCCCCGCAGCCCAGGCAGCAAGCAGAUCUUGCUCCGCAGACCCAUUCCACCACUCACUCACCCCUCAGAGGACCGACUCGCAGCUCUCUUUCUCUCUCUCUCUCUUCUCCGUCUCUCCAUCUCUCUCUCUCUAUCCCGGCGACCGAACCGGACGGCGAACCGCUCCUUUAGAAUCAACGCAAAAUCUGCUCCUGACCGCACCGAACGCGCCACUCGACCCCAAGGCAAGUGUCGCGAUGCGGCGGGGGCUCGUGGGGGCGGCGGUGGUGGUGCUGGUGCUGGCGUGGGUGGAGGCGGCGGGGGCGGACGGCGACGAGACGCGGCUGCUGCGGAUGAACGGCGACAUCAUCCUGGGCGGCAUCUUCCCGAUGCACGAGCACCGCAGCGGCGGGUACCACGCGGCGCCGUGCGGCGCCGUCAAGGAGGAGAAGGGCGUGCAGCGGUUGGAGGCGAUGCUGUACGCCCUGGACGAGAUCAACCGCGACGCCACGCUGCUGCCCGGCCUCUCGCUCGGCGCCCUCGUCAUCGACUCGUGCAGCAGCGACACCUACGCCCUCGAGCAGUCCAUGGAGUUCGUCAGGUCCUACAUGAACCAGGACAUGUCAGAGUACAAGUGCGCGUCUGGGCAGCCGCCUGUGUACGUGCCUCACAAGCCGGUGACCGGCGUCAUCGGAGCCUCGUUCAGCGUCGUCUCCAUCAUGGUGGCCAACAUCCUUCGUCUGUUUAAAAUCCCGCAGAUGAGCUACGCGUCGACCAGCACCGAGCUGUCGGACAAGUCGCGCUUCGAGUAUUUCAGCCGGGUGGUGCCGCCCGACAACUUCCAGGCGCAGGCCAUGGUCGAGAUGGUGCGCGAGCUCGGCUGGAAAUACGUCAGCACGGUCGCCGUCGAGGGCGACUACGGCGAAAAGGGAAUCGCGUCUUUCAUCGAGCUGGCCACCUCUUCGGGGAUUUGCAUCGCCGUUUCCGAGAAGAUUUUGCGCAACGCUCAGACCGAGGACUUCGACAAGAUCGUCGAACGACUGGUGCAGAAGGCCAACGCCCGCGGCGUCAUCAUGUUCGUCGACGAGGACAACACCAGAAAGCUCUUACAAGCGACGGUGCGGGCCAACCGAACCGGGCACUUUUUAUGGUUUGGCAGCGACUCUUGGGGCGCCAAAGUACACCCUGUCAAGGAGCAGGAAUGGGCAGCCGAGGGGGCCAUCACCAUUCUGCCCAGGCGGACCGCCAUCAAAGAGUUUGAUGAGUACUACAAAAGUUUGCGGCCCCGGCUGGACAAAGAGAGUUGCCGGCUUAACUCGACGACGGUGAUGCCGCAAGGCAACAAACUGGUCAAUUGCCGCAACAUCUGGUUCCGCGAGUUUUGGAGCCAACACCACAAGUGCGCGUUUGACGACUCGUCGGCCCUGCCCAAGUGCACCGGCAACGAGACCAUCAACGACUACGAACAAGAGGGAUUAGUGCCUUACGUCGUUGACGCUGUUUAUGCCAUGGCGCAAGCCAUUCACAACAUGAUCACUGACGUUUGCGGCGCCGACCCGUUUAUUCUGUGUAACAAAUUGAGGCCUGCCCCAGCAGGAGCUGACCUCCUCGAGUACAUUAGGAAUCUCACAUUUACAGGUCGGCAAGGCACUGAAAUCAAAUUCAACAAAGACGGCGACGCAUUUGGCAGCUACAACAUUUAUCAAUACCAGAAGAAGGACGAUAAAUACGACUACGUGAAGAUUGGAACUUGGGAGGCGAGAUUGAACUUGGACAUGCGCAUGACCAAGUGGAAAAACGGGACGGUGCCCAAGUCGAUCUGCAGCGAAAACUGCGCCCAAGGCCACAUUCGCAAUUUCCAAGACCAGUGCUGCUGGAGCUGCGUCGCGUGUCGAGAGGACGCCUACGCGUUCAACGACACAUGCAAGGCCUGCGAGCCAGGUCACGCACCCAGCGCCGACAAGGCCUACUGCGUCAAACUGCCUGCUCAGGUGAUCGAGUGGGACAGCCCGUGGGCGUUGGUGCCGUUGGCGUUCGCCGUCAUCGGCAUCCUGAGCACCAUUUUCGUGUUGCUGGUGUUCAUCCGGUACAACAAGACGCCGAUCAUCAUGGCGUCCGGCCGCGAGUUGUGCUACGUCCUGCUGAUCGGCAUCUUCGCGUGCUACCUGAUGACGUUCGCCAUCCUCGCCAGGCCCACGCAGCUCUCGUGCACCAUCCUCAGGGUGGGGCUCGGCGUGUGCCUGACCGUGUGCUACAGCGCCAUCAUCACCAAGACCAACCGCAUCUCGCGCAUCUUCAACCGCGGCAUCCGCAGCAUCCAGCGGCCGUCGUGCACCUCGCCCAGCUCGCAGGUCAUCAUCUGCUUAGGCAUCGUUUCAGUGCAGCUUUUGGGCGCCAUUGGCUGGCUGAUCUACGAGAAGCCGGACGUCAAGGAGGUCUACCCGUACCCGCUGACCGCGGUGCUGACCUGCGGCGUGUCGACCUUCUCGCUGAUGAUGUCACUCGUGUACAACAUGUUCCUCAUUCUGCUGUGCACGUUGUAUGCCUUCAAGACGAGGAAGAUUCCUGAAAACUUCAACGAGGCCAAGUACAUCGGCUUCACCAUGUACAGCACCUGCAUCGUUUGGCUCGCUUUUGUGCCCAUCUACUUUGGCACCAACAACGACUACAAGGUUCUCCAACAGGUGCAGAUAGCGAGCACGUGCAUGUGCGUCAACAUUAGUGCGACGGUGGCAUUAGGCUGUUUGUUCGCGCCCAAGGUGUACAUCGUCUUGUUCCAACCCAAGAAGAACGUCCGCCAGGGCAACACCCAGGUCAGGUCGACGCGCUUCUCCGCCAGCCAGGAGGACCCGGGCACAGGCGUCGCGGGAAUCUCUAAGCAGCGGCCCGGCUCCAGCAGCACAUAUGUGAUGCGCUUUUCGGGCCGAGCGGGCGCCGGUUGCAUGGGCAUGCAGAGCAGCCAGUCGGCGCAGUCGAUGACCUCGGGCUCCGUCAGCCCCAACAAGCACGUCAACGGCGAGCCUUCGACCCUGGCGUCGCCCAGCGUCGAGGAGAGCAGCCUCAGCUAAGUUUGAAAAUCGAAUUCGCCGAUCAGGUCAACCAGGGUUUUUGUUUAAUUUAUAAUUUUUCGUUUCACUCGCGCGGGGGAUUGAACAAAACAAAAAAUUCAAAAAGCGCUUCCACUAGAAAAACGAGAGUUUUGCUGAGAGUCGGAUGGCGGCGCCACUGUCGCGUCUCCACGCAAUCUUCUGCAAACCUUUUGACCUUUUCCCGAAAAGGUUGGAGGCUGCGUGGAGAGCAACCCUGAGCCCAUAGGUGGCACCGACGCCGUCCGUCUCGCCGGAACCCUCGUUCAAAAAAGGAAGCUCAAAUACGCUUGUGAUGAUCCGAACGAGAUAGGAUAUCAUUCAAAUGUCAAUUAAAAACACACACCGCCAAUUAGCUCGCGGCUCUCAACGUCAAAGGCUUUUAAUCUGAUUUUGAUUGACAGACUUUUUCCAUGAUGAUGCGAGUAGAGAGAACAGCGGAUGAGAAUUAUUAUUCAUUAAUUUAUGCGUUCGAAAAGUAUAACUACAGAUUUUGUAAAAAGCUCAGGAAAGUCUUUAAGAAUUUGACGAAUCGAUGAUAAUCAUUUAUUGUGAGAAAAGUGAAUAUUGAAAUUUUCACAAUCAAUUGAACAAACUAAACUUAUUAUUUUUAUUAAAUAUUAUUAAAUUUGGAGACUUGCGGUGAUUUGAUAUUUACGAUGAGAUUAAAUAUUCAAGACCCGAACCAGUAAAAUCUUAAAUUGUGAUUCUGAAAUUAGACAAAAUUUAAUAGUCCAGGUCAAAAUAACGAUCGGAGAAUUUUCACCUCUGAGCUUUAAACCAUUUGAACCAUGUUAGGGAUGCUGUUUUUAGAAAUUUAGUAAUUUAUCAAUCAGGACUGAAUUAAGGUUCAAAAUUGGCGGGAAAAUCAGGUGCUCUUAAGGUGCGAGUCGUAGAAUUUUGUCCGCUUUCAGAAUAAAGGAAAGAAAAUUCCCGCUUCGGGUCUUUACUCAAAAUUUUCAGAUUCUCCAAAAGCUUUGAAUUAAAAGGGGCUGGGAGUGAAUUUCGAAACGAUAAAUUGCCAAACCAUAACUGAAACUCAAUCAGCCCCUUUUGUGAAUGCCAAUUAUCAAUUUCCAUUUUAAAAUAUAAUUGAAUCUGUGUUUCGCUCUGUGUGGGGUUGCGGUUAUUUGAAUUCGCUUUUGCCAAUCUGAGCUUUUGUAUUGCGUCGGCGGUCGGUCGGCGCGUGCACUGAAUUGAAAACUAAUCAAAACAGGCAGGUGCCAAAUUACUUCAUACACGACGAUCGAUGGAUAAUAUUUAUUUUUGCGAGGUGAAAAGCUGCUGUAAAUAUACACCGGUACGGAUGGAUGGGAUUAUAUCAAUCGUUAAAAAAAUCACGGAAAAUAAAAGAAUCAACGGAGGCCCUCGAAAACCCUUUCCUUGAUAAUCAAUUAUUAAUUAAAGAGGAGACUACUUUGUGUGUAGUUGUUCUGCUGAAAGUGAGCAAUAAGGUGUAAAAUUAAAAUUUAGAGAGCAAAAAACGUUUCAAUCAAAACCUUCGUACGUCUUUUUCCCUUUUCUCCAACCGUCUGUGUGUGUAUAUCAAAAAGAGUAAUUAUAUCGAUGUUUAAAGUAAAACGAGACAAAGUUUAAAAUUCAAUCGAAAUCUAACCGUCUGUUGAAGCAAUAUAUAAGUAGGAUGUUAAAAAUACUACUGUGGGUCGUUUUAGAAAAAAAAAAUCGGAGUGUAAUUUAAAUCGCUGUGAAUAAUAAUCAACUUUCUCUUCGUGUAAUAAGAAGCUCAACUUUUUUUAAAUAGCGGCUGCUGACUUUUGCCAAAGUGCUCCGAAUUUAUUCAGCUCUUCUUUCUGUAAAUUUUUAGCCAUUUUCUGAAUAUAUUGUCAAGCGGAGAAGCAGAGGCGAAGUCCAGUACUUCUAUAUACAGUCGGAGGAGGUUUGCUCAAAAAUUUUCGGGGUUCGUCACAACGUUUCUAGUCCAUUUGUGUAGCACAUGCUGUCCCUCGAAAACAUUCGAAAGGUAGCCAAAGAAUUGAAAGAAAGAAUUUCUCUUCCUAUUGUUGUUGUCGAUUAUGUUGAAGAAAAAUGUUCACUCUUUGAAAAGUGUGCAGGAAAUUAUGUACUGCUCGUCAAUGUUAUAAAAAAAUGAAGUUUAUUCAUUAA